UUGUUGCCGGUGUGGUAAAAGUUUUUUGUUGUCCUAGAAUUUGGUGAGUGUUUUAUCGUUAAAAAAUGGAUAACCUGAGUCCAACUCAGGUUCCAGCCCCUAUGGUGGCGACCGCUGAGUGAGAGACCGUGCUUCACAUGAGAAAUUGCUGAAGGACCAAUUGAAAGAUCAACUAGAAACUGACAAAAGUGACUGCUAGUGACAGUUCUGAAACAUGGCAGGGGACAAUACAAAACUGUCUAUGUAAGACCUACUGAGGAACAGGCUGAAGAACUUGACUUUACACCAUGCCUCCAAGGAGGUGGAAGCAAACAAAUCCAGGGAAAAUGUCUGCAUCAGAAGCUGCUUUAGAUCUUACUCGACGUCGUGAGAGUGUCGUUGUGGAAUCCAGUGACUCCGAGGUCUUCGACAUCAGUGGCCAAAUCAAGAAGAAGAGAAAGGACAAGAGGAUCGCCACACUCUCGGAACCAGAAGAAGAGAUCAUGUUGAAGUGGCUGAAAGAACACCCAGAGUUCUACAACAGGAGAAUGAUGGAGUACAAGAAUAUCCCGAGGAAGGAGGCCCUGUGGAAAGAGAAGGCAACUGAAAUGGGGAAGAGCGUAGAACAUCUCAAGACUUGGUACAGGAGCAUGAGAACAAGGAUGGCCAGGCUCAUAAGGUCUAACGCCAGGAAACCUGAGGAUGAAUUCACCGACAGGGACACGUGGGUGAUAGAGAACUUAUCCUUUCUCAGAAAGCACAUCGAAGCUGUGCACAGGCGGCCAAUAAAGACUAAGAGUAUUGCCCAUAGGGCUGCUACUACAACCAGCCGAGGUUCUCUAGACCCUGUCAUCACUGUUAAGACUGAACCUGCCUCAGACUUUAGUGAAGCACCAGUGAGCACGACGUCCGCAUCCCCAGUCCCUAGAAUUCCAGAAGUGAAGAGGCCAGGUGUUCAGGACAGGGCUCUGGUCAGCACCCUAGAGGACCUCACCGACCACAUCGGGACAAUGCAGCGCCAUCUCAUCAACCGUCUCCAGCCUGAAGGGGACCCAGAGAGGCUGGCGUUCUCAGAGUGGAUGCGUGCGACCCUGGUCGGCUUGGAACACGGCGUGUGGCGGCGUACCCAGAGAGAGAUCACGGACGUCCUCUUCCGUGCGGUAGCGGAAAACGAUGCAGCUCGUCAUUGGCCAUCACAGGUUCCUAACGCGACCACAGUCUGGGGAUCUACCAAUCAGCAACAGCUGCAGUUCCAGAACACAAAGUUCCCGCGCCCCGGCAGUGCUCCUCAGGCUCCGCCACGACCUAGCUCCGCUCCUCCUGCCACAUCUACCAGCAGCUCUCCUGACUUCUCACGGGACGUCAGCGGCUUCAUUAGCAACCUGCUUCGAAACUUUGAUACAAGAUACAACUUACAAGAUACAAGAUAACUUUGUUGUUUAUUUUUCAAUCUUAAGUUGAAUUGAGUAAGUUGACUUUAAAUGUGAAAUGAAUUGUUCCAAAAGGUUAAUGGGAACUUUGCAAUAUUUUGCACACAAGAAAGAUUGACAUUAAUUUUUCAGCAAAAUAUCAAGGAUUAUUUGAAAUUACACCUCUGAACUUCUUAAGGAGGGCAACUUGCAUUCAGUACUACAUGAAGUAACCAUUUAUUGAGUGUUCUUAUGCCUUUUGGCAAGAGUAGUGAAGCCCAGAUGUGCAAGCAUUCUGUAUGUUAUUACUUUCCAAUAAAUGUAGUUAUGUAUUAUUAUUAUGCCAGCUUGAAUAAAACUUACCAGUGUUCAGUGUAUACGGAGCCAACUUGUUUCUUGCAAUGUCUAUUGCCAACAUGGACUGACUUUUGUGCUACAUGUAUUAAAGACAAUAAAGAGUGCAUGGAAAGUUUAUCAACUCAUUAAGUGGACCUAGAGAGAAUGACAAAAAUAUCAUUUCAUCAUCCGACAUUUCUUAUACUUCUGACUUCUUUGACUUCUUCACUUGUAACUGGACUUCUCAGGUGAUUACUAUCUCUAGACAAGAAUGUCGUUGGCUGGCAAUAGGUUAUUUAACAAAUUACAGGCACAUGCUGAGAAACAUAUGAACCACGAUGUUCAAUGUAACAGGUGAGCCUGAUGUUAGGUAAUGCCUAUAGCUAGUGCAGUACAAUAGACAUGAACAACAAGGGACCUGAGCUAUCGCAUCCUGGCCAGUGCAUCCCCAGUGACUUAGCACCAGGAAAACAGACUAGCAAAGCAUGACUCCCUGUGCCUUACCCAGUUUUAAUUUGGACUGAUUAAUUUUCUUGAGAGGUACGUUAGUAUUUAAGGCACUAGUAAUAAUAUACACCUAGUAUUUUUGAUAUUGGUACAUCAAAACCUACUGUAUUUCAGAAGAUGACAGCCACAUCAUGUGUUGUUCACAUUUGCCUCCUAUUGAAUGCGGCUUUCACUCACCCCUGCUAACCACAUGCUUAAAGAAUUCAUGUACAUUUUUCCUCAGCAUGUCAGUCCUAUACAGUCUUGGCUGAAAAAUGAAAUUGAAUUAGUACAUCUAUGAUAACCUUGAACCAUUUACUUGUCCUGAUGGUUUUUUAAAUUUAAUCCUCCUUAGCCUGAAGAGUACAUAAGCUUGUAUCUUCCUCUCAAACAGGCUAGGGACAAAUCAAAACCAUUUCCUUCUUUCUCUCUCUCCCAGAGAGAAUUCCAACCUGUAAUGU